ACCUCGUUGAUAAUUAUCAACGAAUUUCCAGAGAGACGGUGAUGGCAGACCGUUUCUUCACAAACGAACUGCCGGAUUUCGAAGAAGAGACAGCAGAGAACGAAGCAGCCUCUGAGAGAGCCCGCGACUCACUUUCAAAACUCUUACAUCUUCCCUACAGAUCACUCUCCGAGAGGCUCAAAACUUCAGCGCUAGACCUCAAAGAAGCGGUGGUGAGGGAGACAUGGGGACUGAGUGCAAAGCGUGUUCACGAUUAUACUCUCUACACCGGUGCUCUUGGGACGGCAUACUUCGUUUUUAAAGCUUACCAAGUUACCAAGAAUCAGAAUGAUCUCAAACUGUGCUCUGAGCUUGUCAAGGCUUGUGAUUCAGCUUCUGUAGAUUCUGGGCGUGUGACGUUUAUGUGUGGAAGGGCUGGCGUUUGUGCUCUUGGGGCUGUCAUAGCGAAGCAUGCUGAUGACAAAAGGCUGCUUGAUCACUACUUGACACAGUUUAAAGCGAUUAAACUGCCCAGUGAUCUGCCAAAUGAAUUAUUAUAUGGGAGAGCAGGAUUCUUGUGGGCCUGUUCAUUCUUAAACAAGCAUAUUGGUAAAGACACUAUAUCUGCUUCCCGAACAAGAACUGUGGUGAAUGAUAUAAUAAAGGCUGGUAGAAGACUCUCAAGCAAGGGAAAAUGUCCAUUGAUGUAUGAAUGGCAUGGGAAGAGGUACUGGGGUGCUGCCCAUGGACUGGCAGGGAUUAUGCAUGUUUUGAUGGACAUGGAACUGAAACCAGAUGAGGUGGAGGAUGUCAAGGGCACCCUACGUUAUAUGAUGAAGAAUCGUUUCCCUAGUGGCAAUUAUCCUUCAAGUGAAGGAAGGGAAUCAGACCGUCUGGUGCACUGGUGCCAUGGUGCUCCUGGAGUUGCUCUUACCCUUAUGAAAGCAGCUGAGGCUUUUGGAGCUGAUGAGUUUCUGCAAGCAGCUGUGGAUGCGGGAGAGGUGGUAUGGCACAGGGGUCUACUUAAGCGAGUGGGAAUUUGCCAUGGCAUCAGCGGGAACACUUACGUGUUUCUAUCACUCUUCCGAUUAACUGGUAAUGUAAAGUACUUACACAGGGCAAAAGCAUUUGCUUGCCUUCUGCUGGAUAGGGCACAAAAACUUAUAUCGGAGGGGAAGAUGCAUGGAGGUGAUCGUCCUUAUUCCCUGUUUGAAGGUAUGGGAGGAAUGGCUUAUCUUUUCUUGGACAUGACUGAACCAUCUGAAACCAGGUUCCCUGGAUAUGAGCUUUGAGGUGCUUUCUAUUGAAUAAAUACGCCAAAUAUGUACGAGUCAGCUUCUGUGUACAAAUCUGUGACGGAACCUGUAAAUAUCUAAAAUGUUUGAACUUGUACAUUUAACUUGUCUAAGCUUCUCUUGCACUGAGUAGACAAUGAAUCCAGAAAAAUAAUAAGCGGAAGAUUUCUUCCCUUUGCAUUAUUA